AUGACAUGGCGCGGGUACAGUUUACAAGUUUGUUUUUAUUGAUUUCCGUGCUGUUUCCACCAUCAGAACUUGUAGAUCUGAUGUGUGAGGUUACGAACGUGAAGGUAGAGGGCGAGGACGGACGGACACAGACGUUUGAGAUGAAGAAGCUGGACUCGCAAAGCGAGACAUGCUCGCUGUGUGCCUACCCCGCCGUUAACAACGCCCCAGACCUGACAGCACUCAGGGCCAACCUUGUACUCUACAUAUCAGACAAGGAAUUGUCCCCAGAAUGUUAUUCCGGUCGAGAUGACCUGCCAAUUGGUCUAUGUUCAUUCAACUCGGACUUGAGUAUCUGUCGAAAGUAUGAGCAAGAUAAUUGCUACAAAAUUUCAGAGGACUAUGGGGAACAGAUUUUCAUGAAAGGAUUCUUACCCUUUGCUACUGGGGACGAGGACAUUGACAAAAAUAUUGGUUUAGGUAUAGUAUUGUUGAAUUCCAACAACCUUGAUGCAGCGAUUAAGGCAUUUGACAGUCUCAUUGCGAACCGACCCAAUGCACAUGCUGCUUAUUUCCUACGAGGUGUGGCCUACUCAAAGAGAGGACUCAGGGACCUGGUGAAUGCUGGACGAGCUAUUGAAGACUUCAGUGAGGUGCUGGAUAGGGACAAGAAGUUCAUACAGGCGUACGAACGACGGGCCGAGGCCUACCUGGCGCUUGGUAAAUAUGGUUUGGCCAUAGAAGACCUGUCCCGUGCUAUUGACGUCAAGUCCUCCAGUAAACUACUGUUUGCAAGGGGAGUUAUCUACCUUCUACUGCAGGACUACAUGGCAGCUGAAGAUGACUUCAAGCGUAACCUGGACAGUGGCGGGGCAGACGAGGUAUCGAAUCUGUUUUAUCUCGGUCUGGCUCAGUACUACCGCGGCAAGGUGCGCAACGCCAUUGAGGUGUUCAAAGAAGUGCUUAGCAAGGACCCAGAUCACCUGGACGCUUGCACUAGCCUCGCUCAGGCUUUUAGGGAGGUGGGGAAUAUCCGGAUGGCUCGGAGCAAGUUCAACCAAUCGCUGUCCUUGAAUAGUGAUCAUGUGAUGACCAGACAGUUACGCGGAGAUCUGCUCUACCACAGUGGGGAAGCCUCGCUGGCUGUCAAUGAUUUUGAUAAAUGCCUGGAAGAGGAACCGGGCAGUGUUCGGUGUGGCUACAUGAAGGCUCUCUCCCACACAGCCUCAGGAAAUUUUUACCAUGCUGUCAAGGCAGCAACCAAGGUUAUGGUUCAACACACGACCGUCCUGAAAGCCAGUCCAGAGUUUUUAAGAGCACAUUAUUUAAGAGAAUAUGCGCGAUACUUGCACAACAAUCUUGAUCAGCCAUUAGAAAAUGUUGACAUCGACAAAGAUUUUCCAGACGAAUACCGAGACCACUGGUUGAAAAACCUGCCUUUUGAAUUUCAGGAAAAUUAUAAAGAACAGCCUGGAAUUCAGCCGCAUAUAAAAGAUGUAGAUGAGUUAAUGCUGGGAGAUUAUUCACGGGCCGUACAGAGUCUGAUCUGCAAGGCCCACAAGAUUGGGUGGUUGAUGCAGGUCAACACAGAUGGAUACACACCAAACAGACGGCUUAACCUUGCCAUGGGGCUAUCAUCUAUACAUAUUGCUCAGUUAUAUGAGGCCAAAUGGAGAGGACUAAGACAAAAUAAACCUGUUGGUAACCAACAUAUGUGGCGAGAUAUGUUUGACAUUGCUGUGCGAUAUCGUCGACUGGUUGACCCAGAACAGCCGGUAUUGUGGCUCGAUAAACUCCCCGACCAUAUACACAAAGAUGGAUAUAAAAAUGUUCUCACACUUGUAAAAGGUUCCAUCCACAAUAUAAAGACAAUGCCAUAUUUCAACCUGGUGUUUAAAUUGUUAAAAACAAUGCUGGAACAUUAUUCUGACUCUGGUGAGAAAAAGAAGUCCCACCAGACAAGCGCUAAGGAUGAGAUAGAGAAUGCGGAGACUUGUGAGGAUCUGCUCGAGGUCACAAAGGUUAAUGCGCACAAUACUGGUUUGUUCACUUGCACACCCAAGGAUACGUCACAGCACCAGCAGACAGACCAAAGUGGGUUUGUGGUAUCAACACAGGUACCAAGUAUGAGGAAACGGUCAGAAAAGGAUCGGCUUGAGGGGGCCAUGCUGGUACUUACGGAUGAUGUUGAGAAGCAGACAUUAUUCACUAUAGAGGUAGCCAACACCCGGCCCCGGACAGCUGACUACCACGCCGAGCUGGACUACAUCUAUAACCAGCUCCAGGAUGAAAUACGGCGGACUGGAUCCAGUAAAGUCUCUGAGAUGGAUCCAGUGAUCAACAUUAUACUGUCCAUGUCGUACUACUUCUACAACCUGAUGCCCUUAUCUCGGGGAUCUAGUGUUGUGGCCUAUUCAGUGGCCCUUGGUCUAAUAAUGUCUGUGGGUCGGCAGGUCACAGGGAAACUUCCUACUAGCAAGUUACUAGAGAUGGAGGCAAUGUUAUCUGGGGCCCCUGAUGCCUUUAUAAUGGUUACCAAACAGUGGAUGAACAUUAAACGAUUGACAUCCCCCAUGUCCGGACUACCGACGGUGUGGGAGACGUUCCCUACCGUGAGAAGUGCCCUGGAGGUUCUUAACGUCAACACCGACUCGUGCUCAUAACCUACUCGCUCAACGAACAUCAACGUCAACACUGACUCAUGCUCAUAACCUACACGCUCAACGAACAUCAACUCAACUCAACUCGACUUUAAAUAAUGGCAACCAACAGAUUCCACACACUGUUUUUUCAAACAUGUCCAAUCAAAUUUCUUUGCAUGACAGAAGCGAAUUUGAUUCUUAAAAUACAUCCAAUCAGUUACCUCUGUGGCUUCUUUAAACGCACACUUAAAAUAGUUCAUUAAAUCAAACGCAUUCAUUUGAUGUUAUUUUUGAUGUCGACAAUAAGUUAUACUUAAUUAGCUACAACUGCAAAAAUAUAAGGUUUCCUUAUUUCGUUAUUCGUGCGAGUGUUUUAUAAUCUUGCAGUGGCUUCAAAUAUAUAAGGAUGCAAUUUCUCAAACCACCAUCAAGAUUUUACUUCUUUGUUAAAUGUGUUUUUGACUAAUGUUAGAUAUUGACAGUCGUACAAGAGUCUCCAUUUAAUAAGGAAGAAGUAUGAAAACAGGUUAGGAAAGGAUAUAAAGUGAGCCUUUGGUCACCUUUAAAACUUAUCCGUAUAGAUUCUUUUUAUCAGUGCCACCUAAACUACAAAAAUGAAGGUAUUACUGAUUUGUUUGUGAAAUGUUUGCCUAUAACGUAGUUAGGCGAAAUAAUUUUAACGUCUUUGUACAGAAUAAGAUACGCAAUGGUUGUAUUACAUUCACAUGUGAUAAACAUACACAUACGCGUAUAUAUCUCAAACAUGUACAGGUAAAUAUCACAUAUAUGUUCAUGUAGUAUUAUGAUCGUUUUUUAAAACUAGAGCGUUUGUACAUGUUGAGUUUUUGGCACCUUUGUUUUGUUUAAGUUUUUUCCCUUCACUGCAAAUUAAUUUGUUCAUUAUGUCUCCCCCUCUCUGGGGGAGACAUAUUGUUUUUGCCCUGUCCGUCAGUCCGGUAGUCCGGUAGUCCGUCAGUCCGUCAGUCCGUCCGUACGUCACACUUCGUUUCCGAUCGAUAACUGGAAAACCGCAUGACCUAGGAUCACCAAACUUGGUAGGGAGGUUGGUCAUGAGGUGUAGAAGAUCCCUAUUGUUUUUGGGGUCACUAGGUCAAAGGUCAAGGUCGCGGCGACCCCCAAUGUAAAAAACAUUUCCGCUCAAUAUCUUGACAAUGGUUUGACCUAGGUUCACCAAACUUGGUAGGGAGGUUGGUCAUGAGGUGUAGAAGAUCCCUAUUGUUUUUGGGGUCACUAGGUCAAAGGUCAAGGUUGCGGCGACCCCCAAUGUAAAAAACAUUUCCGCUCAAUAUCUUGAGAAUGGUUUGACCUAGGUUCACCAAACUUGGUAGGGAGGUUGGUCGUGAGGUGUAGAGGAUCCCUAUUGUUUUUGGGGUCACUAGGUCAAAGGUCAAGGUCGCGGCGACCCCCAAUGUAAAAAACAUUUCCGCUCAAUAUCUUGAGAAUGGUUUGACCUAGGUUCACCAAACUUGGUAGGGAGGUUGGUCGUGAGGUGUAGAGGAUCCCUAUUGUUUUUGGGGUCACUAGGUCAAAGGUCAAGGUUGCGGCGACCCCCAAUGUAAAAAACAUUUCCGCUCAAUAUCUUGAGAAUGGUUUGACCUAGGUUCACCAAACUUGGUAGGGAGGUUGGUCGUGAGGUGUAGAGGAUCCCUAUUGUUUUUGGGGUCACUAGGUCAAAGGUCAAGGUCGCGGCGACCCCCAAUAUAAAAAACAUUUCUGCUCAAAAUCUUGAGAACGGUUUGACCUAGGUUCACCAAACUUGGUAGGGAGGUUGGUCAUGAGGUGUAGAAGAUCCCUAUUGUUUUUGGGGUCACUAGGUCAAAGGUCAAGGUCGCGGCGACCCCCAAUGUAAAAAACAUUUCCGCUCAAUAUCUUGAGAAUGGUUUGACCUAGGUUCACCAAACUUGGUAGGGAGGUUGAUCAUGAGGUUUAGAAAACUCCUAUAUUUUGGGGGGUCACAAGGUCAAAGGUCAACGUCGCUGUGACCUCUAAUGUAAAAAAAUAUUUCCGUGCAAUAUCAGGAGAAUGCUUUGAUCUAGGUUCACCAAACUUUGAAGUGAGGUUGGUCAUGAUGUCUAGUUGAUUUUGCAAUCAGUUGGUCAAAGGUCAAGGUCACUGACCUUGAGGUGAAGAACCGGUUUCUGCUCAAUAACUCAAGAACGUUUACACCCAGGAACUUCAUACUUGGUAUGCCAGUUAGUCAUGACUAGUUGAUGGCCCCUAUUGAUUUUGGGAUCCAUCAUUGAUUAUUUCUCACCUACGACCACACAAUGGGGGAGACAUGCGCUUUUUCAAAAAAGCAAUCUCUAGUUAGAGUUUGUGUUAUUUUUAAAACCCAAAGAUAUCGUGAUUAACAAAAACAUGUCUUUGUAAGUAUAAAGCGUUAAUAAUGUGUGGCCUGCGAAACAUGGAAGUCACGGUGGUUGCUUUGUCCGGCGGCGGCGUCCGAAUCAUUAUCACAGUUUCGUUUCCUGUCAAUUACUUUUAAACUAUAUGGUAUACAGUAUUCAACUUUGGUGCGCAAUGAAGGUCAGUAGACGACCCCUAUUGAUUUUGGACUCCAUAGAUUAAGGUUGCGGUGGCCUUCACUACAAUUCGUUUACGGUCCAUAACGUUUCAAGACUGUACAAUUGUUCGGUGUACAAUUUUAAAUUCGGUAUGCUCAUUGUUCAUGGUCAGUAGAUGGCACCUUAUUUUGUACUGGAUAGAUCAAGGUCACAGUGACCAUAAAUAUAAUUCUUUUGACCAUUUCCGAUCAAUAAAGUUUUAAUGACUUGGUUUAUAAUCUCACAAACUUUGUAAGGUCCCUGUUCAUGGCAAUCAGAUGACCCAUAUUGAUUAUGUGGUCAAUAAAGUAAAUGUCAAGGACAUGGUUAACUUGAUUUGUAAAAGUAUGGGGACACCUGACAGACGACACAUCCGAUUCGUGGAAUUCUAUUUUAUAUUGUUAAUAUCAAGGUAAUAUUACAAUUAUGUCUAUGUGAAGUUUAUUUUUAUUAUUAUCCAAUGAAUUUUUGUGUACGAUUGGUCCGGUUAUGUUUUUCGUAUUACUUAAAGAGUGUACUCAGGUUGAGUGUCUUAUUAAGUUUUGUUCAUCUAUGCAAAACUUUUAUACUUUGUUACUACCUUUUUUAUCGACAACUAACGAAUAAAUAUAAAACAAAA